AUGUCAUUUUAUGCAAGCCUAAGACAGGAUAUACACGAAGAAGAGAAAGCCUUCUGUAAAACUAGUCCUAGUAAUGACUUAACUCCAAUUAAUAACAAAUAUCCAUUAGAAGAAGACCAAAUAGAAGAGCUCCAAGAAGCAUUUGGAAUGUUUGUAGGCGAUUCUAGUGAUGGGAAACUCAGUAGUCGCGAAUUCAAAGCAUGCCUCCGUGCUCUAGGCUAUGAAAUUACUAGAAAAGAUGUUGAGAAAUGCUUCCUAGAGAUUGGAAAAGACACUUCCCAACAAAUCACACUUGAUGAAUUCUUCACUAUUGUCACCCCAAGGGUUAAACCAAGGAACUCUAAAGAAGAAAUCAUGAAAAUUUUCAGGCUCUUUGAUGAAGAUAAUACAGGAAAAAUUUCAUUCAAGAACUUAAGAAAAAUUGCCAAAGACUUAGGAGAAGAUAUCUCAGAUGCAGAGCUCAAGGAUCUCAUCUCUGAGGCAGAUAGGGACAAUGAUGGCUUAAUUACAGCUGAUGACUUCUACAGAGUAAUGAGCAAAGACUGUAAUGAUCCUCUUGUAGACUUCGAUUCAGACAGUGACUAAUAAAUAUAAAUUACCUAUAAUUCAAAUUAUUCC